CAUUUUCAAAAUUCCAAGCCGGGUUUGUUAAACAGGACGUUGUGGUCGAAAUUAUUAAAUUCUACACCAUUUGCACCAUUCCGGAAAGCUUUCCUUUUCUUGAUGCUUUCCGAAAUUUAUAAAACUUUUCCCGAAUUAUAAAACUUAGCUGAAAAAGUAAUAACUACCGCGUGGCAAGUUAGAGCGAUUCAUAAGUCCUCCAUUAUCAUACGGAGUAACUGCCAUGAAUCCAUAUAAGUGUGUGUAUGUAUAUGAAUCCAUAAAUAGAAAAGAAGAACAAAUUGGACUCAGAGAAGGGCAACGGAAUGGGAAACUGUGUGUCUGAUGUGAAAGGUGGUAAGCAGGCGGUAGGAGGCGGCGGUGAUGGGGUCCACCACCUGGCCCAGGCCGUUGGCGGCGGCGGUGAGGGCAAAAAUGACGCAGUGGAUUUCUUCUUCCGGUCCAAGGGAAUGCGCCCUCUCGGCUCCCAAAUUGAGCUAUCUCUAUCAGCCUCAAAGCUUCUUGAUCGUGACAUCAUGUCAAAGAGUGAUCCCAUGGCAGUAGUGUUUUUGAAGAAAAGAGAUGGGACCCUUGUAGAAGUCGGACGUACCGAAGUGAUCAUGAACAAUUUGAACCCUGCCUGGAUUCAAAAAAUUAGUAUCAUUUACCAGUUCGAGAUUGUUCAACCAUUGAUAUUUCAUAUAUAUGAUGUGGAUUCAAAGUACAAUGAUUUGCCUGUGAAGGCACUGAAGUUGAAGGAUCAAGAUUUCCUUGGUGAAGCCACUUGUGUUCUCUCUGAGAUUGUGACCAAACCGAAUCAGCAGUUAACAUUGAAUCUUCAUCAUAGACGUGGGCGUGGCUCAAAUAACUUGGGCACGCUUACAAUCCAUGCAGAAGAAACAGUUGUUUCGAGGAGUGCAGUGGAGUUAACACUAAGGUGUACAAAUCUCGAAAAGAAGGACAUAUUCUCCAAAAGUGAUCCUUUCUUGAGAAUAUCUAGGACUGUUGAAGGCGGAAGUUCUAUUCCUAUAUGCAAGACAGAAGUUCUCAACAACAACUUAAAUCCCAUAUGGAAGCCAGUGAGUUUAUCUCUGCAACAAUAUGUGAACAAGGAUAACCUUCUAACCAUUGAGUGCUUUGACUUCAACAGAAGUGGCAAUCACAUCCUCAUUGGAAAAUUGCACAAGACAGUGGCAGAGCUUCAAGAUCUUCACAACAGUAAAGCUGGAGCUAAUCUUAUCUCACCGCCUUCUGGUUUCAGGAAACAAGAAAAGCUUUUGAAGGGUCAACUGUUUGUGGAAAAUUUUACUGAGAAGAAACUCUACAGCUUUCUUGAUUACAUUUCUAGUGGAUUUGAGCUCAACUUUAUGGUUGCUGUUGAUUUUACUGCUUCAAAUGGAAACCCUCAGACACCCUAUUCUCUACAUUAUAUUGAUCCUUCAGGAAACUUAAACUCUUACCAGAGGGCCAUAAUGGAGGUGGGAGAGGUUAUACAAUUCUAUGAUUCUGAUAGAUGUUUUCCUGCUUGGGGGUUUGGUGGAAUGACAAAUCCUGGAUCAGUGUCUCAUUGUUUCAGUUUAAAUGGAAAUCCAAGUGCACCCGAGGUUCAAGGUGUAGAAGGGAUAAUGAACGCUUACUCAAGUGCUAUGCACAAUGUAACUCUUUCUGGACCCACCUUGUUUAGCCAUGUUAUUAACAGUGCCGCAAAUAUUGCAGCUCAGUCCCUCAAGAACACCCAAAACAAAUAUUUCGCCUUGCUAAUUAUCACGGAUGGAGUUCUAACUGAUCUUCAAGAAACUAUAAAUGCUAUUGUAAGGGCAUCUGACCUACCACUUUCAAUUCUUGUCAUCGGAGUUGGCAAUGCAGAUUUUACACAAAUGGAGAUUCUUGAUGCUGAUAAUGGAAAACGACUCGAGAGCUCCACGGGAAGGGUAGCUACAAGAGACAUUGUGCAGUUCAUUCCCAUGCGCGAAGUGCUUGCUGGUCAGAUUUCAGUGGUGCAGGCCUUAUUAGAAGAGCUUCCAGGGCAGUUCUUGGCAUACAUGCGCAGUAGAGACAUUAAACCCCUGAAUGUUGGCUAGGGCCUAGGCUACAACAGUAGUUUGGAGUUAAAAGGAGUGAAAUAUUGAUGUUAUAUGCUCUCCUUAUACAGGAGCUUUUUGGGAACAAAGGGUGGACAACAUUUAACAUAGUGGAAGUUCACCCGUUUACAUCUUGUGCAUGGUGUCAAACCAAGUACUCCGUAUUAAACAUUAUGUCACUCCCACAACUUAUUUUAUAUUAAACUUUAUCUAACUUAUUUUAGCCAUUCGUAUGGAAAUAAUGACAUAUUUUUA